CAUGUGCGAUUGUGGGGCAGUUCUGAUAACCGACAGGACUUGAAAGCAGCAGCAGCAUAGCGUGCUAGUCGGUAUCAGUAGCCACAUCACCAGCAGCAAGCAGCAAGCAGCCACCAGCGGCUACAGUUACAGGUUCCGCACUCAGGCGAAGACAGGGGAAUAGCAACAACAUAGAGGAUCUCGGAGCAGACAUUUCCUUUAAAGAGAGGCCACGCAGAGGACCCUCACAUAGGACAGCAACUACAAACUCACAGACAGAGCCAUGGUGGAAUACUACCAGAUAUUAGGAGUCCAGAAAAAUGCAACGCAAGAGGACAUCAAAAAAGCUUACAGAAAAUUGGCAUUGAAGUGGCAUCCAGACAAGAACCCAGAUAACAAGGACGAAGCAGAGAAAAAGUUCAAAGAGCUGUCAGAGGCAUAUGAAGUGCUCUCCGAUGAAAACAAAAGGAAUACUUAUGACCGAUAUGGCAAAGAAGGCCUUUCAGGAGGAGGAGGAGGAGGAGGAGGCCAUUAUGAUCACUUUGGCGGCGGUGGCUUCACAUUCCGUAAUCCCGAGGACGUUUUCAGGGAAUUCUUUGGCGGCAGAGAUCCAUUUGCAGAUUUGUUUGCUGAUGAUCCCUUUGACCCUUUCUUCGGUCGCAGUCGCCAGAGGGGCGCAAGCCGAAGCAGGAUGGGGGGACCGCGCUUUGGUUUUGGGGGCUUCCCAGGAUUUGGGCCUGGCUUCUCAGGGUUCGAUUCAGGAUUUAACUCAUUUGGAGACAUGGGAGGAGGAUUCACUUCCUUCUCUUCUUCAUCUUUUGGCGGUGGGGGAGGAGGAAUGGGUAACUUCAGAUCUGUGUCGACCUCCACCAAGGUCAUCAACGGCAGAAAAAUUACUACAAAACGGAUUGUGGAGAACGGCCAGGAGCGGGUGGAAGUGGAGGAGGAUGGUCAGUUAAAAUCCCUAACAGUUAAUGGUACGCUUUACCUUUACGGACCAGACAUUGCAGCUGAAGAUCCCUUAGAGGAAGAGUUUUGUCGCCGCAGACAGACCGCGCUCCCUGGCCUCAGCCUGCACCAACGCUACCUGAGGAACUCCACCCUAAACCCCUCAGAGGAAGAGGAGGAGCACGACUUACAGAGCCUGGGACUAACGAGAGGACACAUGGACACCAAGAGGAAGAAGCUGUGGCUAAAGGAGGCAGAGUCCAAAAAGAAAAGGGCUCCUCGACUCUUCCCUCGGUUUGGUGGACUUGGUGCCUUUUUUUAAACACCCUCAACCCAACAAUUACACACACUCACACACACACACACACACACACACACACACACAUAUAUAUAUGUUUGUUGGCAGAAGUGCCAUCAGUCAUAUGUGGCAUUAGUUCAUCGUUGCUAUGUAUCGGAGGCCCAACAUCCCCACUGCUGCAUCAUAUCUUUUGUUGUCUAUUAGCUGCAGUGCAAAGCAUAACUCCUGCCUGCUUUCAUCAGCAAAACGGUAGCCUGUAGAGACCUCACUUCAAUGUUUUGUUUUGUCCAAGAUACAGUUUUUUAGUGGUUAAGCUUUUGCUAUUGCUGUAUUUAUUGUGGGUGGGCCCUGUGGAUGUACAGUGAGCAUUCAGAGCCUUAAUUAAUCUCCUAUGAUUAGACUUUUUACAGCACACAUUUUUAGAAAGUGUGUUUGAAAGACUUCAGGUAGACGGAGAGUUACAGUAGCAGCUUUGUAAGCAUGAAAAUGACUGCAGUAAUACUGUGUGAGAAUAAGUGAAGGUCAAGCUAUUCAGUGGAUCCUUUUUUCAAUAGAGACGAGCAGAGAGAGGGAUAUCUAGGCAAUGUGAGAGUAAAACAGAAUGAAAGCUCCUCACUCCUCCAUCAUACAUGAAAAGUGACUAUCAACACUCUUACAGUAACAUUAUCCACUCUUUUACGACUACUCCCAAAGGGUGAAAAAUAGCUAUUAACCCCUCAAAGUCAUUAUUUUAUAGGUUUCGUUGAACCGAGUGGAUUGAGCAACAAGCUUCCAUGGGUUUUUUUUGUAAAAGAUUCCUUAAACUAAAAUAUUGUUUCCCUCAUCUGAUUUGUCCUUGACACGUUGUUCUCAUGAUUAUUGUAAGUGGAAAUGUAGAAAUGUCUGAGAAAUUUUCUUUUUUUUUGGACUCUUACCAAUAAAUGCUUAAAGAAAAACAA